AGAACGAGGCUGAUAAAAAUGUAGCAAAAAAUGUAGCUCCGCAAUAUUUCUCGAUUUUGGACUAUUCCAGGCCUCAGAUACCGAGUUAUUGCACAUAAUUGGAUAUAGGAACUCCUUGAGGAUACAACGCACCCUUCUAAGUGAGUUAUUCUGUGAAAGAAGGAUUGUAAUGUUGACAUAAACUUUUUUCUAAAUCUUCCAUACACGGAUUUCGUCGCCAUUUUUUCCUUGGCCCGUCCCUGUGUAUUAUUUGCAUCUUGAACACUUAGUCUACAUGUUACGCUGCUGAAAAAUCUGAUUAUACAUGUUCAGGGCCUUUCACACUACAGCCAUGCAAGAAUUUCCCGCCAUUUGACGUGUGGCCCUUCCCCGUGUAUAACUCGCUAAUUGAACACUUAGUGUUUAAGUACGCGCUGAUGAUAGACUUGUUAUACAUAUUUGGAGCCCUACUCGCUCUAUUCUUACCUAGCAAGGUCGCGACAACCUCGGAAUUGUAUGUUUUGAUUUGAGCGACGCAAAACAGCAAAUCUUUUACCAGAAUCUGAUACAAUGCCACUUUCUACCAAAGUGCAUGUGCCUGCAGAUAUAGAAAUUGAUGACGAUUCCACAAAUGAUAGUGACAAUUGUAUGGAAUCAACUAGUGGUGAUUUUCUCAGUGAUUAUGAUGAUUUUAAUCCCACCCCAAUAGCUACCCAGACCGAAAAUGAUAUCAUUAAUGAAAUUAAAGAAUUGUGUUCCGGUGCAGACAAAGCGUUAUUCAUUAAAAGACUAUGCGACCACCAAGAUGUAGACGGAUUAGUUCAUUCCAGAGAUGCUUUAUUUGAUUAUGCACGAAUCAAUCGCAGCAAUGCCAUGCCACCAGGUGCGCUUAUUCGUCGUCUACCCAGUAGGAAAAACAAACAAACAAGCACUUCUGUUAAAGAAAAGCUGGCAUGUGAUAUAUAUCAUCUUUUCCAUUUCAUCAAUGGAGCUUCUAACCUGUCGGAUAUUAAGACACUGUUAAAUCCUAAGGCAAAGACAAACAGAAAAUCAGUUGUUCACAACCCUAUCGAUGAUACAAUGAGACACAAAAACAGUGAUGACCAACUAGCAAUUAUACUCAAAAACGUUCUUGAACUCAAAUCUAACGUUGCAACUGAAAUCAAUGAACUCAAGGCUGAAAUCGCAAAGUCUACAAAAUCAAAAGUAAAAGAACUCAAUAAUGUAAUUGAAAUAAAGCAGAAUGAACUUAACAGAUGCAAGGAUAGCGAACAGAAGUUAAAAAAUGACUUAAAGAUAGCGAAAGCAAAAAUCAAUGAUCAACAAGCAGACAUAAACAAACUCACAACAGAUAUCAAUGAAACAAAAACAAAGCUGUUAAAGCAAAUCCAGACAAUACAAAACAAAGUAAGCGC